CACAGUAAUCUUCGAACCGUCAACGGCGUCACAAUCGUUGAAAGAAAAAAAAACAGUCAUGAAUUUCCAACUGCUGCUUCUGUCGAUUUUAACUUUGGCCCAGCCGUGUUUUCCGGCAUCUUACAAAGAUGUCGCUACUCUCGUGGAUUCAAUGAUCUUCGAUCAGUCGGAGAAAGCUGCGAAUGAAGCUGCGACUUGGUUCGACGAUCCUGCCAUGAAAGCAGUUGCGAAAGCCAUAAUCAAAGAGGAUCUUGAUCCGGAAGAAAUUGAAAUCGCUGACAAAACAGCCAGAAGACUCGGCCUGGAUUUUGCGCAAAUUCUGAGAGCCAAAGCCAAAAUAGAGAAAAAACGACAAGACCUUCGCAGGAAGGAAAUGUUGAAUGCGUUAUUGAGAGAAGUUGCAAAAGGAUUUGGAGUUUUCACUACGAAGAGUCCAGCAGUGCAAUUCAAAACUGCCAAUCGCAUACCAACGAAGAUAAACAUACCACCGCUAGUUGCUAUCGACAAACCGAAAACAAACGACGGAACCUUAGUAGCCGGAAAAGCCAAGAAGUUGCAGGACGGAUCCGCUGUCGCCAAACCGGAAGUCCUGGAAGAUCCGGUCACGAAAAGCGAACCCAAAAAUGCCGCGGGGGUUUUCCGGAAACCGGAAAUACCGCUGGGACACGUAGACCCAGCCAUCUCGAACCUCAUCAAUUUGGCAAUCGGAAACGCUGCUGAAAUCAAACGCAGACUCGAGUCACCCAAUGUCCCAAAUUCAAAUCAUCACGACCUAUUCAGAGAAAAUUCCGAAUCGUCUCUUAUCGAAGACCGCAUUCAUUCCUUAACUCAACGGCAACUGGAAAUUCGAAAUAUGCUGAAAAAUGGCGUCAUGCACAAAAAUGAUAACCCAGAACCGGAACCAUUAGAAACAAUGCCCAUCAAAAUCGACCAAGACCUCAGGGCGUUUUUCGAGAUCCAAAGGAAUAAUGACGCCGAGACGACGACUUUGGCGACGUUUUUUCCCGUCGACGCUUUGGCCACUGCGGAAUUGAUCACCAUUACUCCGAUAAUUGACGCAUAUCCGACCAACACCGAAAACGGGAUGAUGAUCAGCGAAAGGAAUAAUUUCGGCGAAUUCAUAACCCUGCGACCGGCGACUGAACCCAGCAACAGCAACAGUUUUUCGAACCAGAUGAAAUCGAAUGAUUAUAAUAAUAAUAAUUUCCUUGUGCCAAAGCAAGGUCCAAUCGACUUUGCCAGGGAUUUGCCAUCAUCAUCAUCAGCAGCAGCAGCACAAACACAGGCCAUUUUUAAUCAACCAUUUCAUAAUUUUCCGGUUUUGGAAACUGACCUUCAUGGACUUAAGAAUAAUUUGAUGGCGGAUUUACGCACUGAAAGAACGAAUUUUGGCGCUGACGUCAUCGUGACGACGGAAACUAAGUCUGUCAAGGAAAACAUUGUUGCUAGAGAUUCUGCGGUCAAGUUGAAGAAACACUUGGAAAAUCUGGUUGAGUGGAAAAAACAGCACCUUCCGUUGAAAAAAUGA